GGCUAUACCCAGGACGAGUGGCCGCUCGAAGACGAAUGCCGGACCGUCGCCCUACUUGAGAAGAUCAAGCGGGCCAUGGCAGACGCCGGCGCCCACCCGGAUCGACCCAUUGGUCCCAUGAGGAAGCCAAAAACAGCCGGCGACGUGGUGGCCAACCUGCGUUCAUUCAGCGACGAAGCCCGACGGUCACCGCCAUCAACAGAUUCAACACCACCGCCUGACGACUCCAUCCCGCUCCCGCCAUUCCCGCCGCUGCCUGCCUGCUACGGCUGGACAGCCGUUCCCCGGGACGAGACACCCUACCUCAACCCGCCGGUCUCGGACCUCGUCGAUUGGGAGGUCGACUGGCACUGGGCCAUUGUGUACGAGCUGGUGCCGGGAGCGCCACAAGAUAUCCAAGUCGGCCAGGCCCAUCUAGAUUUCUUCUACGCCGUCGGUUUCGCCAUGGAGGCGUACAAGCCCGAUAACUGGCGCGGUGGCAGGCUGGUCGACUUCAACGACGUGUGCUCGCCGUUUACCAUCGGCUGGACGCGAACUGCCGUCGUUCCCCGGGAUGCGCAAACGUGGUUCUGGACGCUAGAUUUCAGGAAUGAUAGGGGGAUCAGGCAUACGAUUGUG